GUUAGUGUGCUGGGCUGAAGUGGAGAAGUAGUUGCAUAUCCGUGCGCAGAACAAUCGUUUUGUGGCGAUUUUUCUUCGCUGCGUUUUUCUUUUCUACUUUCGCGAUCGUCCUUCACGAGUGUGGGCAGCGGAGGUAUUUUUUCUCUGCCUUUCGGAAACGUUAAUCUUUUCGACGAGUCCAUUUCGGGUUUCGCGUGAAAAAUGGCUUCUGCGGUGCGAAAUUGAAGUGAUAAUUUAUCGUUGUGACGUGCGCGAACUGCCGCAGAAUCGGAUUUGAAUCCCCAUUGUGACGGAUGUGAGAAGCACAAAAAAAAGUUUUCUGCAGAUAGAGCAGGCUGCAGAAGAAAAAAAACAGAAAAGGUGGUGCGAUUAUUCGUGUGUGCGCAAGCUGCUAAGUUACUGCUCAGGUUUGUGUGUGUUUUGCGAAAAAAGUCAACACGAAUCAAGAAAAGAAAAAAAAACACGUAAAGUGCUGCCAGAUAAAUGGAUUUCAGUUGGAUUUAUUUGGUUUAAGAGAUUAAUAAAUUUCGCUGAUUGAACGACAGGAUUACGAGAAGAAAACGGCAAAGUCUACGUACUAGGAUAACAAGUAGCACGUGGCUCUGUUCAGCCAGAAGCCGAAUUGUUAUCUUACUCUCGUUUACACACGGAGCAAGGCCUGAGGAGGAUGGCCGAUUAUGGCGACUAACUCUCCCAAGAAGCCGCCAGAACAUGAUACGACCACCGAGACCUUUGUUUUUAACCACACCGUCAAUAACAUCGAUAAUAGCAGCAGCACCAGCAGCAGCAGUGGCAAUUUCCUAAAUAAACGGCGGUCAACUUGUUCCUGCUCGAACAUUGCUAUUAUGCAAUUGUUUCACGAGAUGAAGCAGAAAUUUCCUACCGUGCCGGACCAUGUGGUUUCCGAUGUUGUGACGGCCAAUUGUCAUAACCGACCGGCGUGUAUCGAUAGUCUAGAGAAGGCGGUUCUGGGGACCCCCUCAACGGUGCAGGCUUAUCCGUCGCAAUCGAUACACAGUACAACGCUGAAGCGGCGGAUAAACGAGCGAAAGUUAAGCAAGCUGGAAAGCAGUCUUAGCAGCGGCAGUAACAGCAGCCGGGAAAAUAGUGUCGAUAAGCUAUCGAGAAGUGUUGGUGACGCCAUCGGUAGCAGUAAUGGUGAUUUCGUAGACAAUAAUAACAGGCUGAAUAGCGGCGCAACAACGGUCAACAGCAUUGGCGAUGUACCACGUGACAGUGGUAGUGCAAAUAAUGCUGAUAACAACCCAACGACAACGACGACUACCACUGCGGCUGCUUUUGAUAACAAUAAUAAUCGAGUUGCAUUGAGCAGACCCAAUACUCUCGCAUUUAGUGGGCCGCGGCCGACGCGAGUUGCUCCGUUACCGCCCAUCAGUUCUACCAUCACCGCUAGUCCGGAACUAGGGGAAACUGUGAACGUCCAGUUAAACGUGACUGUGUCGCCAGUCGCUAAUCGGAGUCCAAUCGGACAUCGUCAUACGUCCACCCUACAACUGCAACCGGAACCUCCUUAUUCUCGUGAAUUAGCGCAAGCAUCAAGUAGUUUCAAUACUCCCGGGGCGCUGCCUGCCGGGGCUAACAGUCGGAGUUCUACGUCUGUUAAUUUAACAUUACGGCAGCCGAGCGAUCGACCGCAGUCACCUAUUCACAUUCACGCUAGUCCCCUCAAGUAUACGGCCAAAGGCUUCAACGCUCAGUCUGGCAUCCAGAGCAAGCUCGAAAUCACCUUUCGCGACGGGUUUGGAUCGAUCAGUGCCAUGAGAACACAUGUUCCUGGUUACGAAGCGGGCUCGACAACGACAGCUGGUAUCACCUGUACUGAUGCCAAUGGCAAUGUUAAUAGUAGUAAUAGUCAUAGUAAUAGUAAUUAUUUAACACACGGGCAACAGCAGCAGAACCCUUACAGGGAUCCACACUAUCAGCAGAUGAUGGCACAGUACUUUCCGCCGAAUAUCGGCGAAAGCAACAUGCAAUCAUUUGCAAACAAUGAGAAUGAUGGACUUAACCGGCAGCAUCUGUAUCAGAACUACCUAACAGAGGUGGCCAUAACGCAGCAGCUGGAUCAAAAGAAUCGCUUGAGCGAGGAAGUUGAUCGAUACCGACAGCAGCUGGAUUCAAUCCGUCGGGAAAUUUGGGUCCUGCAGCAACCUCUCUCGCCACAUGAUGCGCUCUGUCUCAGUCGAGAGAUCGAAAUACUAGCGUUUGAAGUCGACCAAAUGCAAAAAGAGAUCGACUCGGCAGAGCUUACUGGCUCGGUCAGCUUACCGGUGGCAUCUGUGGAGGAUGGCCUAUCCGCACUCAGCAUAGAAGCAGGAUCUCCCACAGCACCGGUCGCUCCAAAUGUCAACCGACCGCCCCGUCCGCCAAGACCGCCACCACCGAAAAUUCCACAACCCCAUCCAGCACCUUCAGUAUCAGCCGCCGGCGCCGGCAGUACGUUGUACACGCUUGAGGGUCGAUAUCCGGGUCGUUCUAUAUCGGCUCCCGCCGCCGGCGGUAGGUCAGUCGAUCCCACCGGCGGCAGUGUAAUUAACGUUGGAGAGCCAUGGACUUGCAGCCUUUGUACAUUCCAAAACCACGAACUCAUGACCAGAUGCGAAGUGUGCUCGUUGGCCAAAGUUCCCGGUAGACUAUUACCUCAAGUUUCCGUACCAGCGCCGUCAUCUGCAUCAUCCCAUCAAUCCGCCGCACUAGCUAUUGCAUCACCGUUGCCUCAAUCAGCGCCAAUAGCGAAUAGCGUCUUGCUACAGUCACCCUCGACCACCUCCUCCUCCUCGUCGGUAGCCUCCUCGACAGCCUCAACGCCGCAAGCGCAACCGGCUCCGCCGCCAAUCCAAAACGCUCAGUAUCAGAAGUCGUCGAUCGAGUGCUGAGGAUAUACGUAAACGAUACCUCGAGGAGCGAAGGGUGGGAGAGACAGCUCUAACAGCAACUGCUAUUUACUGCACUACAAAAAAUCCUAAAACAACAAUCUGGCCGCUAUCAGUCGGAGUGAAGAGUGUGCUGAUUUUACCAGUGUAGUUGUUCUUUCAAUGAAUUCGAUUGUUUUCCUUUUUUCGCCGGAAUGAUUGUGCAAGCUUUCGUCACGCAAAACAGAUAACACACCAACAGACGCCGCUGCUGGCAGGAAACCAUCUAGCGAAAUCAAAUUCCCCCCCCAAAAAAACAUGCAAAUGAAAAAAGAUAACCAUUGUCCUACAGUGUGUGAAAAACGACUCGCUCGCUCGCUCGCGGAGAUGUUGCUGUAAUCACAAGUGUAGGACACGCCUGUCUAAUUAACGUUCGAAAUUAACGUGCUUUAUUUUAAUAUUCUAACACGCAAAACCUUUCUAAGACCGUACUAAGAGUUUUGAACUAAUUAAUCGUAUAGUGUGUUUUGCUGUGGCGAGUGUAGUAGUGUACGCGGGUGUCUUUAUCGGGGGUUGAACCAACCAAGAUAAGCUUCGAUGGACGGAAGCAGCACACGCGCAUGUACCAGGCCGUGAUCGGAGUGUGAUAACUAAUGUAUCUUUAUCUUUACAUGUUAACUUCCACAACAAUCAACAACAGUGAACGUUUAUAAGUGUAAAGUUAAAUUAUGCUGAACUGUAUGAUUAGGAUGGAUAUCACCAUUAUCCAGGUUGUAAAACGUGUAUAACGAAAUUGUUAGCGGCGGCUGCUUCGAAUAAGUGUUUACGUUUUAAUUAGCGGUAGCAUACAUCUCAGGGAAUUUUAUGCUAGACUAUUUUCGGUUUUUAAUGUAGGUUGUAGCUCAUCAUUUUCACUUUAAAAAUUCUAAAAAGAGCAUUGGUUUUGCUAUCUGUUUCUUGCUACAGCUUGAAAAUAAUUCCCAAUCGCAGUAAGCUGGAAAACAUUUCCAAUCCCUACCAUUUGAAGUUUGAGAAAAAUAAGUUUUUAGUUGAUCACGAAAAAUAUAAUUUAAAAUAAUUUCAGAAAGUCGAUAAUCUGCCUAGCUCCUGAAAGCUAAGCUGAGCUUUUUUGAUGGGUUCUGCUGUCACAAGGUUACUGAGUCUGCUUUGACAAAUGAGUGAUCAUGUAUUCUUAUUCUUAUCUAAGGAAAAUGAGAACAUUCGAUGUCAAAUGACUUUAGUGAAUUAACAUGAGUUUAUCUUAAGACUUCUCCACAUCCUUCCUUUGUACUAAAUUUUGCAUUACCCACAAUUAAGGCCUUCUGCCGGGACGCAAUUUAUAAGAAUGGUACUGGCUCGAGGAGCGUAAUGAAGCCUCUUGUUCAUAGGCAGCCCAGCUUAUUGAGUUACGUCAGUAGGCGAUCCGCCAACGGUGGAAGGCAGGAAAACCUUGUCUAUAAACAGAAACAUUCUGCUUCCAAAUGCUAGCCGUAGCGUAGAACAAGGCUAAUUGAUUUCUAAACAUCUCUUCUUUCCAAUUUAUAAUUAUUGAAUUAAUGAUAGUGUUUACAAGUGUUGGAUGUUGAUGUCACGAUAAGCAAGGGAGCAACGAUCAACUUAACCAGAGUCCUGUUUAGGCCUAAAACGCUCGCCUCCAGUCAAUCAAUCAUUAACAUGGAGGUGCACCGUCACGCAUUGACUUACGGCAAGGGUCAGGUCCCGUGAUUCAAUAAUAUUUACACUCAUGUUUAUUGAAAUCACUGUAACAAAUUAUGAAUCAAAUUAUAAAUUCUAAGGGGGCUGUCAUUUGACAACCGAUCCAAACUCUCUUGAUUCUAUUUUUUCUUCAUUGCCUGUGUACUCACAGGACAGUACUCAGUAAUGGAAAUGUUCGCCAUUAUAUAGGUAUACAAGUGAAAACAAAGGGCGAUCAAACCGAGAGAAGCGGUUGUGUUGGUAGAAUGUCCACAUACACUAUCUAAUCAAAACUUAUUUGUGAUCGCGUACCACCUGCUCACCAAGCGAGCAUCAAAGUCAAACAUUCACAUUCUGUGUUUCAACUGACCGGUAUUUCGAUCGGAGGAGGAUGGUAUUCCUUAUUCCGCCAGCCAAAUCAAAUGGACAAACAAGUCGAUCGAAAUUAAGUAAGAGUUAGCAAAAGCGGGUUCCAAUUCGGAAUUCAUCGGUCCGGAGCCUUUUUGCGGCAUAUCAAAAUGCACAAUCAAAAUGGAACUUAAACGUUGGGAAGAACAAAAGAUGACGGCCAAUUGGAUGGCUGUCAGAGGUUCUAACCAGUCAAAAAGAUUCAUUAAUCUAAACGCAAAAAAAACCACCAAAAAGCUUAUAGAGUUUAACAAGAGAGCUCUGUGCACAUACACCGGCCUAGUAACAGGGCACUGUCCGAGUAGACAUCAUUUAAAGAACAUGGGUCGUGUUGAAAAUGAUAUCUGUCGCUUCUGCAAUCUGAAAGCGAAACGUCGGAACAUCUGCUCUGCAGUUGUAGUGCGCUUUACAUGAGCAGAGCUGAUUUUCUUGACAAGAGAUCUCCUAGUGAAAUUUGGUCUGCUAAUCCCGGGAAGGUUAUCGGUUUCGUAAACCAGAUUAUACCUGACUGGGAACGUGCAGGAGCAAAUGGCUAGUUGUCUAUAAAAUGGCAAUUGGCUUGCAAGGUAUGUACAGUAAACAGGGAUAUACUACAAAAGUUCAAACUAAUGGACAAAGUAGUCAAAUCCCCCAACAAAAAAAGUAAGAUCAACCAAUAAUCUUUGUUUUCGUCACAAAGGUAAAGUUGAUUGUUCUGUUACAGUAGUAAAGAACAAACUAUUCUGAUAUGUCUUACUUGGCACGCAGGAAAUUAUUGUCGUUGUAUGGCAUUACUUUCGAGUACUAACCACGCUGGAUAGAAUACCUAACACCCUCGUCUAAUCAUCCAUUUGAUCCAAUCAGUGGCAUAUUUGAUUUCGCUGAUCCCAAAUAUUUACUUGUUUACUUACUUAUGUGUCCAUGUCCGCUGGUCCGACAAAACAAAGGGAUGAAAUCAGAGAUCUCCACUGCCGACGGUUAUCCACCAUGGCUUUUCUCUGUCGCCGAGACAAGUUCUCGUCUACAACCCGGAUGUCUUUGGGGUCUUUGGCAAAGCUGCGUCGCCUUGAGCCUCUGGUACUGCCUCCUCAAUGCUAUCCUUGCUAAUACCAGUCGAGUGCUUCUCUGCAAAUAUGCAAAAAUAAAAAUGUAAGACAUUUUUCGGAUCUUCGAAUUAAUUCGAGAUAUUUAGCGAUAAAUCGACUACCAGUCCAAAUCUCCGAAUGCUUAAUAUUUACUAACAUAUUGAUCAAAUUUAUUUUCAAUCAGGCAACCAAAAGGAUUGUUUCGAAGCAGCCGCUUUACAAAAAUGUAUCUAGCUAAAAUCAAUUGUAAUUGUUAAAGAAAAAAUAAAAACAUAAUUUAACA